GCACGGCACAUCCAUUACCGGCAGUGAAGGAGGCACAUAAUAAGUGGCGGUUCGACACUCAACGCUUGCUGUCGUUCGCCAUUCAACAUGAGCAUAAUCGUGCUUGCCUGCAUUCUUGGUGCGUCCGUUCUUGGUCGGGCAUAUGGCCUGGCGGGCGCUGUUUACGAAGCCAACAACUACCUGGACACGGUGCUGGGUGUGGUACUGCCAUUGCAAGUGAAUGAGGCCGACAUGAACACGGUCCUGCUUCCGGGAUUCGCUGUGCACCACAGCGACGAGACGAGAGCGCUGAACGUGAGCUUCGACAGCGGCGUGCUCUUCGGCUUCGGAAAGCGCUGGCAACGCCGAGGAGAUUGCCAGGCUGCUCAAUGGCGCAACGAGAAUAUCACCACCACUUGCCACGCAACGCUGAAUGGCAUGCUGAUCCUGCUUGAGGGCACAGUCGAGGACGGCACCAUCAAUGAAAACGUUACCGUUAUGCUGGUUGUCCGGAACUCGUCAGCUCAGAUCUCUCCAACUGAAAGAAAGAAAGGUUACGCUGUACACCUGGAUCUGUCAUUGGAACGACUGUCGCUGGAUGUCGUGCCCAUGCGUAACCUGACACCGCUGCCUGGAGUCCCGGAGGCCGUCUUCAAGGAAAAGCUCAACCUGGGAGCCUCAGCCAUCCUGAGGCGCUUCAUCGAGACAGAGGCUCGGCAGGGCGUACUCAGGCACGCUUUCUCCCUCAUCCACCUUCCUCUGCCACAGCAAUAAAUGCCACGGCCAAGGCUCUCCAGCCUGCGCCGCGAAAGCCCUA